AUGAUUAGUAAUGACGAAAACAAGGAACUAGCUCAUCGGCAGCAUGUAAAAUAUUUUAUGAGAUUUUUAAACAUAUUGCCAUCGUCACUUUCUUCACAUGACUCUACGAGGGUUACAAUAGCAUAUUUUUCAGUAGCUGGUUUAGAUGUAUUAGGAGCAAUAACAUCAAUAUCAAUUGAACUACGAUCAAGAAUAAUUGAUUGGUUAUACUUAUUGCAAGUUGAACCGAAUAAGGAAAAUGGGGACAUGUCCACAUGUGGCUUUCAGGGUUCAUCAACUAUAAACAUAGACUUGGACACAGCGAACAGCCACUACAGGUGUGGUCAUCUCGCGAUGACGUAUACUGGCCUAUGCACUCUGCUGGCUUUGGGCGACGACCUCUCGCUGAUCAACAGAAAAGCCAUCAUAAAUGGCGUGAAGGCGUUGCAGACAGACGAGGGCAACUUCGCUGCGACGCUCUCCGGCUGCGAGUCUGACAUGCGCUUCGUUUACUGCGCGGCGAGCAUAAGCUACAUACUGAACGACUGGUCCGGUUUCAACAUCGAAAAGGCCACGGAGUACAUCGUGAAGUGUAUAGGCUACGACUACGGCAUAGCGCAAUGCCCCGAGCUCGAAUCGCACGGCGGCACUACCUACUGCGCGCUGGCAACCCUCAGCCUGACCAGACAGCUCGACAAGCUGCCCGCGCGUCAGAUCGAGGGGCUGCGCAGGUGGCUGGUGUUCCGACAGGUGGACGGCUUCCAGGGCAGGCCCAACAAGCCGGUGGACACCUGCUACAGCUUCUGGGUGGGGGCAUCCCUCAAGAUCCUCGACUCGCUGCAGCUGACGGACUACCAGGGCAACAGGAGGUAUGUAUACGAGACGCAGGACUGUGUGGUAGGCGGUUUCUCCAAGUGGCCCGACACCUGCACCGAUCCGAUGCACACAUAUCUCGGCCUCGCCGGUCUCAGUUUGGUCGGCGAGAGCGGACUGCUCGAGAUCGUGCCCACUCUAAACGUGACGGUGCGAGCGCACGACCAUUUGAAGAGCCUCCACGCGAAAUGGGCGAGCGGCUCG